AUGUCAGACCUGAUAUUAGACUGUAUGUUUAUGGUCGAGAGCGUCGAUCUCGACGGCAAGAUGUUCGAUGAGCGCUCGCGACCGUUUUGCGACUCGGAGUGUUCCAUUCGAAGAAUCUUGUGUAACUUUAGUAUGAAGUUGAUUUUUGACGUCAAUACCCAAAUUCAACCCGUCAUUCUCAACGAUGAGUUUCGACUGAUGAUCACGACAUCUGCUCGCGGCGAUGAGAUGCCCUACCAAGGAGAACACGACGCUCAGGCGAACUAUUCGCGGGUUGCACAAUUCGAAUACGUUAUGUUUGGACGAGAUUUCCGGAUAGAGGGCAAAGACUGGGGAUCGGAUGGAACCUGUACUGCUGCGUAG